GUUUGUCCAAUCGACUUUCUGGAAAAAAGACAGCCAGAAGCGUCCACCACUUUCUCGGGAAUAUGUAGUGUACGUUAUGAGCUUUCACGUGAGAGUGUUUUGGGUGAUGGCUUCUAUUUUAAACUACACCGCAAGUUUGGACUUCAAUCUAAAGAAAUUGUAUCACAGCGAUUUAUAGCCUGCGCAUGGCAAUGCUACAACAGUCAACUUAAAACAUGUUGUUGCUUUUACGCUUGACCAGUUUAUUGUAGUUAACGUCACCGUCUCCGAGGUCUUGUGGAAUCCUAAUUUGAUUAGGUUGGAGGCUAACAUGCACUCUACGGGUAACAUGACUUUUGGGCUAGCUACCUAAGGUCUGUUACGUCUUCGCCCUAAAUGUUUUUAUAGUAAAAGGGCCGAACAAUGUCUCAACUACUGGAGUCAGAGGAGAAUACCCCGCUGCUUAAAGGCGAUGUCGAUAGUGACGAUGACGCGUACAAGAGCAGGUGGAGGUCCAUUCGGGUCAUGUACUUCACGAUGUUUCUCAGCAGUGUUGGUUUCACUAUUGUCAUCACAUCCAUCUGGCCUUUUCUUCAAAAGAUUGAUGGUACUGCAGAUGCCAGUUUUCUUGGCUGGGUGGUGGCUGCCUACAGCCUGGGUCAGAUGGUGGCCUCGCCCCUUUUUGGGCUCUGGUCCAAUCACAGGGGCUGCAGAGAGCCGUUGGUCUGCUCCAUAUUCAUCAAUGUCUCGGCCAACAUCUACUACUCGUACUUGAACCUGCCCGCCUCGGAGAAUAAGUACCACAUGCUAAUGGCUCGAGUAUUUGUGGGCUUCGGGGCAGGUAAUGUGGCGGUGGUGAGGUCAUAUGUCGCUGGAGCCACGUCACUGAAGGAGAGGACCAGUGCCAUGGCUAACAUGAGUGCCUGUCAGGCGCUGGGCUUCAUCCUUGGGCCAGCUUUGCAGGCUGGUUUGUCAGUGGUUGGUGAGACCGGCGUGUCUGUGCCCAUCAUCAAGCUGGAGAUGAACAUGUACACCGCUCCAGCCCUGCUGGCAGCAUGCUUCGGCGUUAUCAACAUUUUACUGGUGAUCCUGGUGCUCAGUAGAGAACAUUUCGUUGAUGACCAUGGAAGGCAGAUUCGAUCAAUCAACGACAUCUCGGAGGAACGGGUGUCUGUUCCUUUGGACGGUGAGGGAGACAUCGACCAGAUCGCUGUGGUGACCUCCAAUGUCCUGUUCUUCAUCAUCUUCUUCAUCUUUGCUAUAUUUGAAACUAUAUCCACACCUUUGUCGAUGGACAUGUUUGCAUGGACAAGAAGACAGGCGGUUUUGUAUAAUGGAGUUAUACUGGCCUGCAUCGGUUUUGAGUCCAUCUUCGUCUUCAUUGCAGUGAAGGUCAUCUCCCAGAAGGUUGGGGACCGGCCCGUACUUUUGGGGGGUCUGGCCAUCAUCUUCUGCGGCUUCUUCCUUCUCCUUCCCUGGGGCAACCAGUACCCCAAGAUCCAGUGGGCAGACAUCCAUAACAACAGCCUCCCCCAGCAGGUGAUGCCUGCAGCGGUGUUGGCGCCCAAUGCCAGCGUGGAGCCCACGGGCUGCCCAGCCGAACAGGUCUGGUGCCUGUACACCCCCGCCAUCCACCUGGCCCAGUACCUCACCUCCGACUUCAUCAUCGGAGUCGGCUUCCCGGCCUGCAACGUCAUGUCCUACACACUCUACUCCAAGAUACUUGGGCCUAAACCACAGGGUGUGUACAUGGGCUGGCUGACAGCGUCGGGCAGCGGUGCGCGGACUCUGGGCCCCGUGUUCGUGUCUCAGGUGUACACACUGCUGGGCCCUCGCUGGGCCUUCAGCCUCAUCUGCGGCAUCGUGCUGGUGGCCAUCUUGCUGCUGGCCGGCAUGUACAAGCGCCUCAUCGCCUUCUCCGUCCGACACGGCAGGAUAGAGGAGUGAAGGGGAGGGAAAGGAUGGAUGAAGUGAGAGAUGGAUGGACUUGUGGGAUGAACGGACUUGUGGGAUGGACGGAUAGAGACUUUUUAACCUUUUAACACUUGUGUGAGUUGGCUUAAAUUUAGUGGGACAUUUUGCUCUGCUCUUUUGGGACUUUGGAGCCUGAAAGCGGUGUGCAGUAACUGACAGUGGAGACCCACAGGAAGAACACUAACCGAUAAUCUGUACAGCGGCAUUGACUGCUGCCCGUUCCCAAUAGGGAGUAUAGCCUGAGAUUUAAGCUCUGAGGCCAACUCUGACUACUGAUUUCUGCCCAAACUGGUGUAACUAGUUUAGCUCACCUCAUUCUUUGAAUAUGUGGAAUUUCAACUGUUAAAACAUGCAACACUCUUAUGUAAUUUACUCAUUACAUAGUGACAACAUUCAGCCAUCAAAGAUAUGAACACAUUUUGAGGAUACACAAUGUAACAAGCAGUCUACUCGGCACCUAAAAAGCCAAGGCUAGAUGAGAUUUCUCUCUGUUGGACUAUUUUCAGCAUCAAGGUGUUUGGAUAUGUUUUCAAACCUCUUUAAUGACUAAAAUUUUACACUGUAAAACUGAUGUUUGCUUGUUUUCAGCUGUGCUUGUACCCAGUUACUAAUGCAUUCAGUUGUUAUUAAUAUUUAAUUACAAGGUGCCUAGGACCAAUCUGUGCAUAUUUGCAAUAAUGAUGGUUGCAAAUGGCCUACUGAAGCUUUUCUAUUUGAAAAGAGAGUGUACAGUAUUUUCAGACAUGUAACUCUGAACAAUGUCAGUAUAAUAUUUAAAAUAACUCUUUAAUUUUAUUACAUUUUCAGAAUACUCAAUUUUAAAACACUGCGGUAACGAACCUGGUGAAUAAUUGGGUUGAAUGGGUCAUUAAUAUGUGGAAGUACUGGAUAUUCAUUGUGUGUAUUAAACACAGCUUACCCUA